GCCACCAUAAUCGACGGCAAAGCAAUCGCACAGACCAUCCGAUCUGAAAUUGCCUCCCAAGUCCGCCUUCUUUCCCAGAAUUACAGCAAGGUUCCAGGGCUGGCUGUAGUCAUUGUAGGAAAUAGGAAGGACUCUCAAAGCUAUGUGAAUAUGAAGAGAAAGGCAUGUGCUGAAGUUGGGAUUAAGUCCUUUGAUAUUGAUCUGCCAGAGCAAGUACCUGAAGCCGAGUUGAUCACCAAAGUUCACGAGCUGAAUGCACAAGCUGAUGUACACGGUAUAUUAAUCCAGCUUCCACUACCAAAUCAUAUAAAUGAAGAGAAAGUUCUAAGUGAAAUCAGCCUUGAGAAGGACGUAGAUGGCUUUCAUCCUCUGAACAUUGGCAAACUUGCUAUGAAAGGCAGAGAACCUCUUGGUGUUAGUGUAAAGGGAAAGAAGGCAGUAGUGGUGGGUCGAAGCAACAUAGUUGGAUUACCAGUUUCGCUGCUACUUCUGAAGGCAGAUGCCACAGUUACUGUUGUCCACUCCCAUACUCCUGAUCCAGAGAGUAUCAUUCGGGAAGCAGAUAUCGUUAUUGCUGCAGCAGGACAAGCAAUGAUGAUCAAAGGCAGCUGGAUCAAACCCGGUGCUGCAGUUAUUGAUGUCGGGGUAAAUGCCAUAGAUGAUCAGAGUAAAAAAUCUGGCUACAGACUUGUGGGAGACGUUGAUUUUAAGGAAGCAUGUAAGGUAGCUGGAUGGAUAACACCAGUUCCAGGAGGUGUGGGACCAUUGACCGUCGCAAUGCUGCUCAAGAAUACCUUGGAUGGUGCCAAACGUGCAAUCGAGCGCUAA